UUAUUUCUCUCUCUCUCUCUCUUUUAAUUAUUAUUAAUAUUAUAACGGAAAUUUCUCGUAUUUUGGGAUGUCAUUCAUGUUGCCUGAGCUUAACGGGACAGUGUUGGGCAAGUAAAUCAGCAAAUCCCAUGCUCGACGCAGAAGCAGAGGAACCGGAACAGUAGCGGAGUCACCAUACAAGAUGAUGAACUGCAAUGUACGAAUCUCCACUCCGCCAUAAUUAAGAUCCUAGGCGGUUCGCCUGAUUGUUGCAGGUUCUCGACCGUACAACUAGUCAGUUGAUUCUUGGAUGGUCUAGUUCAAAGAUCAUCUAGCUCGGUUGUAUAGGCACUUGGAAACGGAGAGGAGAGAGGAAAAAGAAAGGGAUCGAAUCGAAUUGGCUCGUCAGGAAUUCUUGAUAAUGGGCGUGACCGGAGCCUGCACCCGUUUGCUCAAGAACUUAGGCGGUUAUGCUUUCGGGUUCUGGCAGCCCGGCCUAGAUGGGCUCGACCUAUCUCCCGGCAAUGAGCCAGUCAAGAUGACACUACAGACCGAUGACUUGACGGUUCGAGCAUUGAGAGACGUCUUUGGGAUGGAGCCAGAUGGAAGCAUAAAGACCGAGCGAGCCAGAAGAAUCGUGCAGAAGCUCGGAUUGAUCGUGCUUCAGAAGGAAGAGGAGGGCCUGAACGAUGAGGUGAGAGCGGAAGAGGUGCUAGGUGGGAUCGACGAUGUGAAGGAGCGGAGCAGGCUCUUGAAGGAAGCAUUCGAGAUCUUCGACGAGGAUGGCAACGGAUUCAUUGAGGCAGCGGAACUGAAGAGGGUCUUGGAGUGCUUGGGGUUGGACAAAGGGUGGGAUAUGGGGGAGAUCGAGAAGAUGGUCCGGGUCGUGGAUUUGAACUUGGAUGGUAAAGUCGAUUUCAUCGAGUUUGAGUCCAUGAUGGCCAUGUAACUGAUGUAACAGCUCAACACAAGAGUUAGCUCUUAUAUCACAUUUGUUCCUAUAUCUGAUCACAUCGAAAAAUUCAGUCUCUUGCAAAUCUUUGUGUGUAUAUUUUCUAUCAGCCAGUAGAAUCGGGAUUUCUAAGGAACGAAUGCGAGUUCAGAGACAUGAAAAAUCACGAAAUCGAAAUAUAAAUCAAUAAAAUUUCAAGGAAAAACGUAGAUCUUUGCAA